AUGUUGUUUCGCCGUGAUAAAAAAGACCAGCCUCCGCUGGCCGUAAACUCGGACUCAGCCUCGGCCUCGGCCCCGGCCACGGCCACGGCCACGAGCAACAGUCCUACUGACAAGAUAGAAGAGCCACAAGAAAAUACGAACCCGGUCAACGGAAAUCCAUCCGACGAAGAAGAGAUCGACUAUCCCACCGGUGUUCGUCUCGCCUUGGUCCUCAUCUCUGUCUUCGUAUCUAUGUUCCUCGUUGCCCUGGACCGACUGAUCAUCUCGACGGCCAUACCUGCCAUCACAGACGAAUUCCACUCCCUGCCCGACGUUGGAUGGUAUGGCUCAGCAUACUUGUUGACAACCUGCGCCUUUCAGCUCUUAUUCGGAAAGGUGUACACUUUCUUCCCCGUUAGAACUACCUUCCUGGCGACUAUCUUCCUCUUCGAAGCUGGCUCUGCCAUAUGUGGCGCUGCACCAAACUCGGUGGCAUUCAUCCUUGGGCGCGCAAUUCAGGGGGUCGGCUCAGCAGGAAUCUUUGGUGGGAGUAUAGUCAGCAUUGUCUAUUCCGUUCCUCUCCAUAAGAGACCACUGUAUCUAGGUUUCUUCGGCGCCGUUUUUGGUCUCGCUUCGGUUAUAGGUCCUCUCGUCGGCGGAGCGUUCACGUCAAACGUAACUUGGCGCUGGUGCUUUUACAUUAAUCUCCCGUUUGGAGGGAUUGCUAUGUUUGUAAUAGCAUUCCUAUUGCACGUACCCGAUAGAAAGACGACCAAGAUCCCGACGAAGGCAAAGCUCGCUCAGCUAGAUGCAAUUGGCACGACUCUCCUCAUUCCCGGUGUCGUCUGCCUUCUUCUCGCCCUGCAGUGGGGAGGCUUGACAUAUGCUUGGAGUAAUGGCCGUAUAAUAGCCUUAUUAACUCUUGGGGUCGCGCUUUUCAUCGGUUUCGCGGCCGUUCAGGUGAUAAUGCCGAAGACGGCCACUAUUCCCCCGCGCAUUUUCAACCAACGAUCGAUCCUUGCUGGAAAUUGGGCAACCACUUGUAUCGGCGCUAGCAUGAUAGUGUUUGUAUAUUUUCUGCCCAUUUGGUUCCAGGCUAUCAAGGGAACUACGGCCGUCGAUUCAGGUAUCCGUCUUCUUCCAAUAACCCUUUCGAUGGUCGUUGCGUCCAUCACGAAUGGCAUAUUCGUGUCGAAGCUGGGAUAUUACACUCCGUCCAUGAUCAUCGGCACAGCAUUGAUGUCUGUGGGCGCUGGCCUCCUGACAACGCUGCAGCAAGACACGACGACGGGCAAGUGGAUCGGUUACCAGAUCCUUUUUGGUUUCGGAAUGGGCAUGUGUUUCCAAGCUCCAAACCUAGCAGCGCAGACAGUUCUUCCAACAAGGGAUGUUCCCAUUGGCACCUCUCUGGUGUUUUUCUGCCAACUCCUAGCCGGCGCGAUUUUCCUCUCUGUCGGGCAAAACGUACUUGAUAACCAACUCCUUAGCCGACUUUCGGGUCUUCCUGGGUUCGAGCCGUCUAUGAUCGAAGAUAACGGCGCCACCACUCUAAGUUCAUCUCUCCCAGCUGAACUCCUCCCUACAGUGCUAGUAGCUUAUAACGAGGCCUUACGUCAAGUCUUCAGGCUUGGCUUAUGCUUAUCAUGUCUCACCAUGUUAGGCUCGGUGUGUAUGGAAUGGAGAAGUGUAAAGGAGAAUAAACCCAAAGCUCCGUCGGACCCUGAGAGCAAUGUUGACUCCGCGCAAGGGAUAAAAUCAGACGGAGAGACAUUAGCUGAGAAAGCCGAAGGCCCAAUGAGCGAGCCCCCUAUCACUAGCGAGUCGCCAAUUGCCAAGAACGACUCGUAA